AAACACCCUUCAAGGUUUCAGAUACCGGGCGGAAAAACAACAACAUCCGCCGACGUCACUUCCGCUCACAACUUGUGAAACAUGGCGCUCCUGCUAAGGACGUUGGCCCGUCAGGGUGUCUGUCUCUCCAGACCACACUACAAUGUCCUCUACAGACAUGUUGCUCCAAUGGGAACCACAGCUAAGGAUGAGAUGAACAAGUUUUGGGCCAAAAAUGCCAAAUUAAACAGACCCAUGUCUCCUCAUCUCACCAUUUACAAAUGGUCCGUCCCCAUGAUGAUGUCCAUCACAUUCAGAGGAACUGGAGUGGGGCUCAGUGGAGCUAUCUCAGCCUUUGCCUUGGCAGCGCUGGUAUUACCGGGAGGUUACCCCCACUACCUGGACUUGAUCCACUCGCUAUCCGUCGGCCCGUAUCUCAUUGGGUUGGCCAAGAUUGGCCUCGCCUUCCCUGUAUCGUUCCACACCUAUAACGGCAUCCGCCACUUGUGGUGGGACCUUGGCAAGGGCUUCAGAAUCCCAGAGGUCUACCGCACCGGCUACACGGUUAUUGGUCUGUCUAUCAUCACCUCCAUAGCCGUGGCUUUUUGUCUCUGAGUAGACAACAAGAGAUGAGCAGAAAGGAAAGAAGAGGAGGGGAGUCGGAGGGAAUGUGGACUGUGGGAGAUUUGUGUAUAUGUUCUGUUCUGGCCUACUGCGGGCACUAUUUCAUCAAAGUAUUGAAUAAAGGAUUAUAUUAUGCUGUACGCAGAAAA